AUGGCAGCAGCAGGCCUGGAGGACGGCGACAUGAGGCUGGCGGACGGGGGUGCAGCCAACAGGGGCCGUGUGGAGAUCUUCUACGGAGGCCGGUGGGGGACCGUGUGUCACGACAAAUGGGAUCUGACGGAUGCCGACGUGGUCUGCCGCGCCCUGGGCUUCAAGAAAGCCGUCCAGGCUCUGGGCGGUGCCGCCUUCGGGCCAGGAGUGGGUCCCAUCAUGCUGGACGACGUGGAGUGCACCGGGGCUGAGCAGUCGCUGGCCCAGUGCCAGUCCCUCGGCUGGCUGCUGAGUAACUGUCUGCAUAAAGAGGACGCCAGCGUGGUCUGCUCCAACGAGACCAGAGACGACCCGGUUGCCCACACCCUGGACCUCUCCAGUGAGCUCCCCCAGGCCCUGGCUGCGCUCUUCACCAACCAGGUGGGCUGCGACCUGUCUGUCCAGGUGCAGGCCGGGGACGAGGAGGCCCUGACCGUUUGCGUCCACAGGAUGAUCCUCUCCACCAACCCUGAGGCCCAGGCCCUGCUGAGGGAGCCGGGCCACAGCAUCACCAUGGAGGUGGACGCUGAGUGCGUCCCUGUCGUCAUGGACUUCAUCAGGUACUUGUACUCCCGCAGGCUGGACGUGCCCCUGUCGUCGGUGAAGUGCUUCCACCAGCUCGCCUCCACCCACGGGGCCGAGCGGCUGCAGGAGUACUGCGCGCGCCUCUUCGCCGUCGUCCUCCCGCAGGACGCCUCCUUCCGGACGGCCCUGGACCUCCACGCCUACGCCCUGGCCACCCGCGACCCCACGCUGGAGGCGCUCUGCGUGCGCUUCCUGGCCUGGAACUUCGAGGCGCUGACGCGCGCCGCGGCCUGGCCCAGCGUGGAGCCCGCCCUGCUGCGCGCGCUGCUCGCCAGGAGCGAGCUGGCCGUGUCCAGCGAGCUGGCCCUGCUGCAGGCCCUGCAGGCCUGGGGCGCGGACAACCGCGGCGCCGGCGCCCUGAUGGCCGGCCUGCUCGAGGAGGUCCGCUUCCCCAUGAUCCUGCCCGCGGACCUCUCCCGGCUGCAGCUCAACGCGUCGCAGUUCGGCGCCCACCGGGAGCUCCUGCAGAAGAAGACAUCGGAGGCCCUGCAGUUCCACACGGCGCCCCGCCAGCAGCUGGCGCGGCAGGGCGCGAACCUCGCCCGCGACGCCUACCGGCCGCGGCUCUACACGGCGCCCGCCUGGGGCGCCUCCAUGCCCGCGGGGCCCCAGAACUCGCGGCUGGCGGAUCCCUCCGCGGGGGGCGCGCUCUCCUCCAGCUACGGCGCCGGCGCAGCGUACCCCCUGGGCUCCGCCGACCAAGGGUACUACCCCUCGCGGGCCUUCACCACCCCGCAGCACCCCAGCUUCCUCUUCCGGGCCACGCGCCUCUCCUGGUCGCUCUUCUACCUCCCCACCGUCCAGAGCUGCCGGAGCCGCGGCCUCACGUGCUCCGCCGGCGAGCUCCCCGCCCUGGGCCUGACCAGGUCCGGCCGCUCCGACCCGGCCGUCGGCUACGAGAACAAAGCCCUGAUGCUUUGCAGCAACAGCUUAGUGGGCGCCGUCACCGACUUCACAGGCCAGAAGGCUCCGAUCCCUGGCGCCCGGCGCGCCCCCGGCCCCGGCGAUGCUUCCGUCUUCCCCUGCCCUCGGGGCUACUUCAGCAGCUUCCACGCCGUCAUCCGCCCCUUCUAUCUGACCAACUCCUCGGGCGUCCACCAGAUCGCCAAUGCCACCGAGAGAUCGCCACUCCCACCGGGGAAGGCCAAGCGCGUCCCCCAAACGCCCAGCUGA